CGGUGGCGAUCACUCCAGAUCAUGCUUUCAAGCCAUGCGCGAUGAUGUACCAUGGGCAAAUCACCUUUGCUCUCUGCAUUCUUCUGCAUCGCUGUUCUGGAGUCGCAGGUACGAGCGGUAAUCCUAGGGUUUGCACCGCUCAAAUUGCGGCCUCGGCUGGUAUCAUAGAUGGCAAGGGGAGGGGGAGUGUGGGACCUGAGCGGUAUCUCUCGCCUGAUAUUAUAUACAUUUAUAUAUUUCCAGGGUGCUGUGCCCUAGUGACGGACUGCCUUCGUAUAUAGAACCAUGGCAGGCUGGCCCCGUUGCUAAGCCUGAAGAUGGGAUAACGCCUCCUAUGCAGGUGCUCGAAAAUCAAAAAAUGUGGGAAGAGAAAGG